AUGACACAGGUUGAAAGCAACAACGCUAAUGUCGAUGAUGCAAUAAUGCUUGACAAGGAUGGCUUUGUGUCUGAAACCAAUGCAACCAACCUUUUCAUGGUGAAGAAUGGCGUAGUUCUCACUCCCCAUGCAGAUUACUGUCUCCCAGGGAUUACCCGAGCUACUGUCAUGGAACUGGUGGUGAAAGAGAACUUCAUCCUGGAAGAACGAAACAUCAGCUUGUCGGAAUUUCAUACAGCUGAUGAGGUUUGGACUACAGGAACUAUUGGAGAACUCAGCCCGGUUGUGAAAAUUGAUGGUCGUGUGAUCGGUGAAGGAGAAGUAGGACCGGUUACAAGAAAACUGCAAAGUGCUUACAAGAAACUGACCGAUGAUUCGGGUGUCCCGAUACCUACUUACCAAAAACUUUGAACCAUGUUCAAAGAACGAUGGGUGUGUUUACGAAAGUCCAUAAAAGACGUUGCGUCGUUUUCACUUUGAUAAUAAUAAGUGCAUGAUGUUUUUAGCACAUGAUGGUUUGGGCCAAUGUAAUAAAGUUGGUCGCGUGCAAGUCAAGUGUGUUUCGUCCUCCUCGCCUAUUUCAUUAUCAUGUUUAAAAUUGAUGGUCUUCCCUUCUUGUUUGGCAACUGGCAAGUUCAAAAUUUUAUUGUUUCUUUUCUUUUGACAUAGCCGUCAUUUGACGAUAUUUAAAAGUUUAAAAGUUUGGUAAGUACCAAAUUUAAGUAGUUUACUACAUAAACAAUUCUAAAAAGGCGAUGUCCAGUGACAAUUUCUGAGAGUAUCUCAGCUAUUGAAAUAUUUAAAAUAAAAAAACAAGUUAGAAAGAAAAAUUGAUAAUUUCAUAAACUGUCUAGAUACAAUAAGUAUAUUUGGUAUAAUAUCAUUAGUCAUUUUUAGAACUUUUUUGAGUUUUUUUGAGUUUUUAAUAUAGUUAAGAACUUUUUUUGAGUUUUUAACCAUUGAGGUUGUUUCUUAGGAUAAGCUAAAGAUGAAAAAAAAUUUGAGGAUUUACCUACUUCUUUGAACCUAGCAAUAAUUGCAUUUAUGUGAUUAUAUAUUUGGUAAAUUAUUUUACAUUGUUUAAAAUAAUAAUUUAUUCAAAUAUUGGAAAUAUGACUUGUACAAUAUUGUUACAUCUUGAUUAAUGGGCGUUAUUAGGUUGGAGUUCUUACCGGAAUAUAAGAAACUGUCUCUUAACUUUUAACUAAAAAAAAGUAAGAGUUGGCUCUUAAAUAAGAUAUUUAAGAACUGGUUAUUAUAUUUUUAGUUAAAAGUUAAGAAACGGUUUCUUAUAUUCUGCUAAGAAUUUCACCCUGAUAACUUCUCAUUAAUCAUGCUCUUAUAUAUUUUAUUUAAGAGACCGUUUUUAGUUUUUCUUAGAUAAAACUAAGAAUUGUCUCUAAUGAAAUUAAAAAAAGAGACCGGGGUUAAUCAAUAUUCUUAAUAAGGUAGACCAUGUCAAACUCUUAUUAUGAAUUUUCGCUGUAACCUUAGUGUUUGAAUGGUGUAAUGGGAGAAAAACAGUUCACCCGUAAGUGCAGUUUUCCUGCUUUAAAGUUACCAUUCGCGUUUUUCUUUUUUUAUAAAGUACUUAGCAGGAGAUCUGCAUGCAUAUCAAUAUUUUUUGUUUUUUUGUGAGAAAAAGAAAGAGAUUUGCAUGCAGAUUUCAUCAUCAUACAUUUAAGGCAGUUCAUCUGCUUUUAUCUUUUCUUAAUCAAUCAAUGAUUUUUUCAUAAAUAAUUAAAUUUCAAAAUAUAUCUAAACUUCUUCUAUAAAUAUUAUAUUUUCAUUUUAGUUACUCACAAUUUUAAUAAUACAAAAA